CUUAUUUUGAAGGUCUGCAGCCGCAUGCGCUUCUCAUGACGUCAGCGGAAUGUUUGCAAAUCAUGAUAUCCCAGCGGCCUCUUCCGCAGGCUGCAAACGUUCCGUGUUUGUCACUGAAACAAACACACAAACACUGAAACCUGUGGACCUAACUGUCAUGACUUUGUCUGACCGAGCUCUUCGGCUUCUUAUUUGCUUGGUUUGUCUUCUUGUCAUGGCAUUAACACUGAGUGUUGUUUUUGUACUUGUAGCGUGUACUCACAUCUCUGUUUGUGUUUUUAGAUGGGUCCCUGCGCUUUGCCUCCUACUACGGGGAUCACAUGGUGCUGCAGAAGUCCCCAGAGAAAGCUGUGCUGUGGGGCUACGGCCCUGAGAGUGCUCAGGUCACCAUCUCCCUCUCUGGGCUGCUGAAACAUAGAACCUGGCAGGUCACUGUAACAAAGGGUAUCUGGCAUGUCACCCUUGACCCUGUUGAAGCUGGAGGUCCUUACAACGUGACAGCAGCUGUUCAGAAGAGCACAGCCACACUGACAGACGUGCUGUUUGGAGAUGUUUGGCUGUGUGGAGGACAAAGCAACAUGUACUUUAAAACAUCUCAGAUUUUCAAUGCAUCACAGGAGAUGGCCCUGGCAGCAAAGUAUCCUCAUGUGAGGACUUUCAUGGUAGCUUUGAACCUGAGUGAAACUGAGCUGACUGAUUUGAUUCAGGUGCAACUUCCUUGGUCUGUGCCCACAGCAGGAAAUGUGGCUGAGUUCUCAGCCGUGUGCUGGCUCUUUGGACGCUACAUGUAUGAGAACCUGGGAUACCCCAUUGGUCUGGUGGAGUCCUGUUGGGGGGGCACACCUGUCGAAGCCUGGUCAUCUUCAAGAGCACUGCAGCAGUGUGGACUAGAGAACAGUCCUAAAGACAGAAAUUCUGUUUUGUGGAAUGCGAUGAUCCACCCGUUGCUCAACAUGACCAUCAGAGGAGCUAUCUGGUACCAAGGUGAGGAAAAUGCAGCCUAUCAUCAAGAGAUGUACAACUGCUCCUUCCCUGCUAUGAUUGAUGACUGGAGGAUGGCGUUUCACCAGGGCUCAGGGGGGCAGACCGCUCACGACUUCCCCUUUGGAUUUGUCCAGCUGUCCACCUUCAAAAAAGGCUCCACAGAUGACGGCUUUCCCAAUAUCCGCUGGCACCAAACUGCAGACAUCGGCUUUGUCCCGAACCCGCAUAUGCAGAAAACCUUCAUGGCUGUGGCUAUGGAUUUACCAGAUGAAACCUCGCCUUAUGGCACAAUCCAUCCCAGAGACAAGCAGGAUGUUGCUUUUAGACUGACACUGGGAGCGAGGGCAGUGGCUUACAAUGAGAAAGAUGUGCCCUUCCAGGGACCUUUCCCUGACCGCAUCCUGUCCACUCCAGUGUAUGUCAACAUUACCUAUGACCAAGCGGUCUCUGUCACACCAUCUAAAGACACCUUUGAGAUCUGUUGCUCUGGGAUUAAGACUCCCUGUGGACCUAAGUCUCUCUGGGUUACGGCUCCCAUCAUGCAAUGGAAUCUGAACACUGUCCAGCUACCAGCCAAUUUGUGUCCACCUACUGAAGAAGUCGCUGCCCUUCGGUAUGCAUGGAGAGACUGGCCCUGCGACUUUAAAGCCUGUCCAGUCUACAGCGCCAGCAGGAUUUUACCUGCACCCCCUUUUGUUAUCAACCGCUAUGCAGUCAAAGGACACAUUUGGGAAAGUUCCUGAACCAGAAACUGGAAAAAGACAAGAGUGAUUAAAAAAAAAAUGUAACUUUUGUUUCUUUGGGGUAAAAUGAGCCAACUGGACAAAAAUGUCACCAGAAAAGAAGACCAUUUAUGGUAUUGUAAAAAUGACACAUUGAGCUAAAUGUAGCUAAUAUUUGAGGUUUUUACAGAUAAAAAAAGGCACUAAUAAACUUGUUAACAAUAACAUCUUAGAGGGAAGGAUGUUGUUUUGUUUUGUUUUUUUAAUUGCCUGGUUGAUUGACUUCUGUAUUGUUUCAAUAACUAAUCAGUCCAUUUUGGUCGGUAAUCAUUUCACGCCAAACAUCUUCCAGGAUACUUAUACCAUCAUGUUGUAGAUUUUUUUUUUCCCCACAAGAUCAGCCACUGGAGAUGUAUGUGUAUAUAUACACUGUAUAUGUGUGUGUGUGUGUGUGUGUUUGGUUACAUAUUUUUAUCUUUUUAUCUUUCAAUGAUUUCAAUGAAUGAUUGCUGGACUGCUGAUAGCUAAAAAAAGAAAGACAAAUGCUUGCUUUUAUUUUAACAAAUCUCAGAAGUUUACAACACAAAUCAAUCUGACUUGAACAAAAUUUUCACAAAUAAAUGACAAAUCAAGCUCA